AUGUUGCCUCAUCAAUCGACACCCACAAAAUCGUAUCCUCCUGCUUGCAUCGACCUUCGGCCCCAUCAGACGACAUUGAUUCAUCAUCGCCUUCAACCAUUAGAAUUAGGGUAUACAAUCACCGCCAUUAUCAUCUUUAUCGCCGUGUUCGUAACACCAAGGAAGAACCGGCGAGCAACAGUGGUUGCUAGGUUUGCUUUCCGGCGAGCUGUACCAACCAUCAGAUCAGAGGUUUCUCCACGAAGUCCAUCUUCAUCAUCGCUUCACCUUCAAGCCGUCUCCGGUCGCCGUAAGCCCUUGAGUCCGUCGUCGAUCCUCACUAAAGUGUUCAUCGUUGACUCUUUAGUCGUCGACCCUUUCUACCCCUUCACUUAUUCAUCAGCAACACAAGGAUUCCGUGUAGAGUUGGGAAAACCCAAAAUUUGCUUCAUCUCCUUCUGUGUUGGAAUCAAGAACCCUGCCCCUUUCCCUGUACUCAAUUUCUCCUUUAAAGAAGCCUUACAAAGUUGGAUUAUACCAAUCAUUAUCUUUGUUCUUUUCUUGAUUUUGACAGAAAGCAAUCAGAGUGCAGAUAUGGCUAAAUGCUCGUUCAAGCUUGAACACCCAUUGGAGAAGAGGAAAUCAGAAUCCUCUCGCAUCAGAGAGAAGUAUCCUGAUAGAGUUCCAGUGAUUGUUGAUAAAGCUGAAAAAUCCGACAUUCCUGACAUAGACAAAAAGAAAUAUCUAUUUCCAGUUGAUUUGACCAUUGGUAAAUUUGUGUAUGUUGUUCCAGGUGAUUUCAAUGAAGAUUUUUUCAAGAAUGAGAAUGAUGAUUCUUUCAUGAAUGACAUUGUAUUCUUAUAG